AUGUCGCCCGGCGUCAACGGCGGCGGCAGCGGCGCGGGCGCGGGCGGGGGCCCCCGUAACACGGGCACCCUGCCGAAGAGCAAUCGCAGGAGCGACAGGAACCGGGAGCGGUCCGCCGCUAAUCAGCAGCUCACGAACCGCUCGGGUUAUCACGGCCACCCGCAGCAUUUUAACAACUUGUUUCAACUGGACUGGCAAGUAGCAAGUGAGUGCGAACGUGAACCCAGAGUACCGAGAGAAGCAAAGAACAGCAACACGAGAUCAGCCUCCUCUCAACUGCCUUCUUCAUACUUUACAACGUACCAAGACUUAUCUGACUUUGCGCACAACUCGGCGAGACAGUGCAAUUACAGUACAGAAGACUGCACACCUUGGCUAAAAAUGGUACCAUUUACUCCUCCUAGAACUCAAUCACCGUCACGAUUACAGGGAACGAAGCCCUCCAAUGUGAAUAAGAUGCCCGAUAGAAGUCAAGUAGAAAGUCGGUUAAAUCAAAUCAGGGAUUACAUCAAGGUCACUGCAACAAUGAUAGACUCUCUUGGUCAAUCCUCUGAUCCUCGCGCACAAGCUCAGAGCGAGAAGUUAAGUAGAAUGGUGGACGAUCUUCACGACAGCGAGACGAAGCUUUCGAAAUUAUUGGAACAAUAUGUAAUUUCUGACGAGAAUGGCGAGAGAGAAGACAUGGACGAGUGCGGCGAUGCCAGCCGGGAGAUGCAGUUGCGGAGGAACAUGGAGGAAUAUCAGAACAAGCUCGCGCAGCUGCAGGAGCAGCAGGCGAGCUUGGCGGACAUGCAGAUGUGCGUGAGGGAGAGAUUGAACAAGGCGCGUCAGGCGCAGCAGAUGCUUCUGCAGCAAGAGAAUCAGAAUGCGCCCAAUUCCGCUACGUGGGAGGACAACCGCGCCGAGAGGCAAUCCCUGCCGAGUCCCGCCAAUGUCGAGCAACUCGAGUCGGAAACGGCGGCGCUGAGGGGCAAGCUCGUGCAGCUGCAGACGAAGAAGAAGCAGAUGGAUCACCUUGUGGCGGAGUUACAAGCCAUAGAGACGUCCGACAGAGGCAGCUGUAGCUCGGAAGGUUCGAGGAACACAAUAAAGGAUAAAGCCGCGGAGCUGGAGGCGAUGAAGGCGCAGCUGGCGCAUAUAAAGGCUCUGAUGGAGGACGGUACGAAGAUUCGCGAUACCCUCGACUCCUCCUCCGACGCCGAGCCGGAUAUCGACGCGCAUGACGAUGGUGCAACGGACGGGAUUACCGAGGACAUGACGAACAUCUCGUUUGAGAGCCGAAGCAACGACGUCAAUCAUGCAAAACUUCGUUGCUUCGAGUCUAACAUUUCGGACAUACGGGCGCUAACGUCGGAGCUGAAGGAACAAUCGGCCCUGCUGCAGUCGACGCGAGCCGAAUUGCAGCGCUUGAAACAACCGUUAUUCGCGAAUGCCAACCCCGCUCCCUCGAACGGCCCGUUCUCUCGCCCACCGCCGGCGCUCAUACCUCUGAGCGCAAACGAAAAGAAGCAGAGUUGCAACGCUAACACGGACACUCAGUCUAAGCAGACGAAAAGAUCGCAACUUGAAGAUCUGAUAAGAAAGGAAACAAUGCAGCCUUCCAACAUGAAUCGGGACGUUCAAGCUUUAGAUCAAAACAGUCAAAAGAGCUCUGGUUCGCAAGCUAGUCACAGCAGUACACCUGGAAAUAUCUGGCCGUCUUCUGUCGCUGCAGGCGCAGGAGGCUCUAACGAGCAAAGCGUAGACGGCAUAUCCACGUCGGAAAAUUUAUUGGACAUCGGCCCACCCGUUGCUAUCGAGAACGGUGGAGUCGUCGGAAAUUUAUGGGCCUAUCCUAUACCACCUCCGUCAAUUAAUCAAGGACAAAACGCCACCGUCGAGUAUUAUCGGCAAUUAUUAUUGGGCUCGCAAGCCCAUCAGCUGCAAAUGAUGGGCACGACGAUGCAUCAGUGCUGUCAGCUUCUGUGGACGCAGCAGCGCGAAUUGCAGUCCAUGCGCGCAGCCAUCACCGAUCUUCAAUUGCGCUCGCAAAAUCCGGGCCCGCAGCGUGUGAAUAAUGUCGAAAGUCAGGAGGAGCACUCGAAUCUGAGCCGUAGCGUCCACAAUCUCGGCGACACGUUGGACGCGACCUUACCUCCCAGUUCGUCCUUACCGAAUCUCGUGUCGCUACCUAAUUCUUCAGCGGCGUUGUCGCACACUCCGAUAGUUAGUAGCUCUAACCCGCAGCAGCAACAGCAACAGCAACAGCAGCAGCAGCAGCAGCAAUUGAACAAUCAAGUACCUCCUGGUAAUAGAGCGAACAACUACUGGGAUAAUUUUCGAAGUUACUCGCGACAAAAUCUGCUGUCAGGAAACGUGAAGACAAUGACUGAUCAGCCAACGGCUAUGGCAAAUUCGGCGUGUUCCACAAACACGACUAAUACGAGUGGAAGCAGCGUUAACAGUUCACUAAUAAAGGACAAGCGGAAUCGGGAGCACGGGGCCGACAACUUAUCCGUACCCUUGACCGGCGCGGAGGCGCAGUAUUCAUUGAAUCUACAAUUACCGUCAAAUCUACAGCAACAGGACAGAGAAAACGCUAGUAUUCGCAGUAAUAUCAUAGCAAAUGAGGUGUCUCAAGUCGAUAAUUUUUGGGAGGAGGCUCACGGUUCUUACCGAUUACCGUCUGCGAUAAACGACGAUCUUUUUAAUAAUCUAAGCUCAGAGAUGAAGGAGGCAAUCAGUUCGCUCAUCGCAGCGAAUAAGAGGCGACCCGAUUAUUUAAUAAUUAUUUUGAGGGAGAUCAAGGCCAUCAGCGAGGACCAUAGAUUGCGAUCUCAUUUGUUAAGAUCGUUACGCGCUUUACAGGACAAGCAAACGUUAAAUAAUCCAUUGAACGAAGCCCCUGACUUGACGCCGAGCGAGAGUUGCCAUUCCAGCGACGAGGACUCGGAUGUCGGUGCGACCUUUACCUUGGAAAACCACGCGUCUGUGAUGGAAUUGGUCACGACGUCACAUAUAGACGCCACCUCGUCUCCAGCCUCGUCUCAAAUACCAUUAAUGGAACAUUUGGAAAUUACGGGAACAUUCUCGCUUGAUUGCGCGAGUGCGGCACCAUCUACUUCCACCGCUAAACCCGGUUAUAACGAGGACUUGGCGGAAGCCGACCAAUCGAGGCCUGAAUCUUCGGGAAAUCAAAAAAUUCCUGUUAGCGAUGUAGACAACGAGGAAGGACAGGAAGAAGCGGCGUCUUAUCCGAUUACCGCGGAGGCGGCUACACCUGACCUCGAAAGUCUGGCUGCCAAGACUGAAGAUGAAAGAGCAGAGGACACCGGACUCGACAAUUUUUUUAGAUUACAUUAGUAGAUUUGCUAUUAGAGUUCGCCCGUUAAUCACGUAUGUGAUAAAACGCUGUUUACAACUAUUUUAAGCGCGAUAUUAAAAAGAAAGUAGAGGUGUUGUAAUCUUUGAUAAGGUAUUGACUAAGGUAUUGACUUACUACCGCUUCCGUUUACAAAGGUAUUUACUAAUAAAUAAAUAAAGUCUGAUAUAAAUAGCAAAAA